AUGGGGAAAAAGCUGCAACACAUGCUGAUCUUUCUCCUUAUCAUUCUGAAAGAACUGAACAUGCUUGAAGCUGACUGUAGCUGCAUAGCAAAUUGCGUAUGCGUAGGACUGGGCGUCACCAGGCUCCCACGGCGCAUCCCAACGUCCAUCUCCACAGUCACUUUUGUAGAUAACAAGAUAAGUGAUAUUCCUCCUGCUACAUUUUCAAACCUGCCCGAGCUCCAAGAGUUGCACUUACAGAAAAACCAAUUAACUUACAUCCUGUCAGGUACAUUCUCGGAUCUACCCAAGCUCAAACAAUUGUCAUUGUUUUCCAACAAGAUUCGUCACAUCGAACCAGGUGCAUUCGAAAAUCUACCCAAGCUGCAACGUUUGAUCCUGUACGGUAAUAGAAUACUUAACAUACAAAAAGGUACAUUUUCAAAUCUACCCCAGCUAAACUGGUUGGAGCUGCCGUAUAACAAGAUAACCAGUAUUCAGUCUCAUGUAUUCUCAAAUCUACCCUUACUCAAAAGGUUGAGGCUGGAGUAUAACAAGAUAACCAGUAUUCAGUCUCAUGCAUUCUCAAAUUUACUCCAACUCAAAUCUUUGGUUCUGAAUUCCAACCAGUUAACAGAGAUCCAGCCAGGUAUAUUCUCAAACCUACCCAAGCUUGCUACGUUGUACCUACUCGAGAACAAGAUAACUAGCAUCCAAUCAGACACAUUUUCAAACCUACCCGAGCUCAAAUUGUUGUACCUGAGCUGCAACAAGAUACGUCAUAUCCAGUCAGGUUCGUUCUCAAAUCUAAGCAUUUUGGACCUGAGGGACAACGACGUGUCUAUCCGUCUCGUCGGGCAAAAGCUGAAAGAUGCUGACCUCAAUGGUCAAAUCUGUAAACACACAAUGACAACAGAAUCAACAACACCAGUUGAUGUGUCAACUAUCCCACUAUUUACCACAACUGAGGGGAACAAUAGCCCAACAUCAACGAGUUUAGGCUCCACUAUUGCCACUUUGCCAGUUGGUAACCAAGCCUUAUUCACCUCAUCUGUAGUGCCAAUAUCUUCUGCAUUCAGCGCCACUAAAACUAACAAUAACCCUACAUCAAAUCCUUUAAACCCAAAGUUUGCUACACUGUCAGUUCGUAACCAAGCCUCACCCACCACAUCUGCAGUCCAAAGCAGCUGUGAUAUGUGCACAGUCACCUCUCGCUAUCACUGGUACUUUGAACGCAAUUCUGACUCUGUAUUUUCCACAGCACCAUCCAAUAACAAUCAAAGGAAAGUGCUAGCAAAAGAGAUUGUAAUCGUUCAACCAACUUUAAUUCUAUUUCCUAUCACUGGUCCUUCCCAUCGCUCCGGUCCCAGUCUGUCUGUUAUCUUUUCACCAGUCGCAGUUGCCAUUGCAAUAGUAACUAUCCCUGUCACCAUCAUUCUUGUCGUAUGGUGCAAGGUAAAGAAAAAUUGUUGUCCUUCAGGCCCAAAGUCAAAAUUUGUUUUUAACAAUAUAUAUCCGACGUUUGCUGUGACAGACAAUGGUCAUCAUCAGACAAGUCAGUGUCAGGCAAUCACUGUAUCCACGACAAACACUACAACAGCUGAAAUGACCAGUGGCCAUGAUCAAACAGGGUUAGGUCAGUCUCAGACCAAAUCUGAAUCCAUCGCAAGCACCACAAUGGCUGAAAUGACCACUGGUCAUGAUCAAACAAGCUUAGGCCAGUCUCAGUCCUUCGAUGAACCCAUCCCGAACACCACAGCUGUUGACGUACACAGUGGUUAUGAUCAGACAAUGCAGGCCCAGUCUCAUGCCAUUACCAAAACAUUACAGGGCAUGGUCAGUCUCAGGACAACACCAAUACCACUGCUGCUGUACUGA